UGUUAACCAAAUUCGGGAGGGAUUGCGGAGUUGAAAGCGGCGGUGAUUAGGUCAGAGGCGGCGGUUCGAUGGUGGAAGAAAGGGAGGAGAGGAAGGCGUACGUGCCUGGAUCUGGAUAUCGGGAAUUUAAUGGAAGAAAUGAAUUCCCGUCCAACAUUUUGCACGGUGUAUUAGCUUGUGCGUUGUGGAUUGGAUCUAUGCAUUUCAACUUCUUCGUCUUCUGUGUCUCCCUUUUCUUCCUUCCUUUCUCCAAAUUCCUUUUGGUAGUUGGAGUGUUUUUGUUUUUCAUGGUUCUUCCUAUCGAUCAAAACAGUAAAUUUGGACGGAGAUUGGCCAGGUAUAUAUGUUGGCAUAUGUCAAGUUAUUUUCCCACCACUCUCCACGUUGAGGAUAUCAAUGACUUCCAUCCUGAUCGUGCCUACGUUUUUGGCUACGAGCCACAUUCGGUGUUACCAAUCGGAGUUGUAACGCUGGCCGAGCUUACAGGUUUCAUGCCUCUCCCCAAACUGAAAUGCCUUGCCUCCAGCGCUGUAUUCUACGCUCCAUUUUUGAGGCAUAUUUGGACAUGGUUAGGUGCUUCAGCAGCCACAAGGAAGAGCUUUUGUUCUCUUUUGGAAGCUGGUUAUAGUUGUAUUGUAGUGCCUGGUGGUGUUCAAGAGACAUUCAACAUGGAACAUGGCUCUGAGAUUGCAUUCCUUAAGGCAAGAAGAGGAUUUGUUCGGAUAGCGAUGGAAACAGGGUGUCCACUGGUUCCAGUUUUCGCCUUUGGUCAGUCAAAUGCGUACCAGUGGUGGAAACCAGGUGGCAAGUUCAUCCUGCAACUUUCAAGAGCUAUCAAAUUCGUCCCCAUGCUGUUUUGGGGAGUUUUCGUAACUCCGAUACCAUAUCAACAUCCGAUGCAUAUAGUGGUAGGGAAACCUAUUUACUUGACAAAAAACCCGCAACCUACUAAGGAAGAGGUUCUUGAAGUACAUGACCAAUUUGUUAAAGCUCUUCAAGAUCUAUUUGAGAGACACAAAGCUCGGGUGGGAUAUGCUGAUCUUCCAUUAAAGAUUCUUUGAUUUGAACUUUGCCAAAGUCGGGUAUUUUUCAUGUAUCAUGUUUGUUUAUUUGCUAAUCUCCUCUAUUGUC